AUGAUCGGGAACAUGAAGCUGCAAAACACAAAGUUCGACUUCGACUUCGGCAGCGAGGACAAGAUCCUCAAUGCCGUCUGGGUCGGCAUCCUCGGCCUCGAGGUCCUCAUGGUCCUCGGCGUGGCCAUCCAAAGCAUCUGGAAGCGCCUCGCCCACAAACAGCCCAACGGCUACCAAGCCGAAUUAGCAGCACAAUACCACAGAAAGAUGCUGCAAUCAUGA